AUGUUCAAUGCUGGGUUUGAUAUCCUGAACUCUAGGUCAGCAAAUUGUAUAGGGAAAAAAAAAGCUAUGUGUGAAGAAAACUAUAAAGAAAUAUUAGAGUUUGCAAAUGCUAUAACAAAAUAUAUCCAAUGUUUGAAAGUCAAAGAAAACAAUAAUUUUGUACCUGUAUUGGAGUCAAAUCGUAGAACCGGUUUCAUUGGAUUUAUUGUGUGUUUCAAUUCUUUACUACACUUGUACUCUAGUUUAAUAGCAACAAAAAAGCUGAAUCAUAUUAAACUUUACAAAAUUAGUCAAGACCAUAUAGAAUUAUUUUUUGGUAAUGUCAGAUCACUUGGUGGAUUCAACAACAAUCCAACGGCUCGCCAAUUUCAAUCUGCAUAUAAGAAACUUGUGAUAAGAAUAAACAAUAUUCCAAGUUUUAAUUCUGGCAAUUGUAUUCCAUUAGAACAUAUAGAUGUUUUACAUUACUCAAGUACAGAUCCGGUAAAGGUUAUAAAUAAUACAUGUUCUCUAAUUGAUACUGAUUUAAAUGGAGAAACUUCUGAUAAAGGGACAUCUUUUAUUAAUGACCAUGAUUAUAUAAAAAUGCAAGAUACUUAUACCUUCAGUAAUUUUGCUCAAGAAAUAGUAGUUUACAUAGCUGGAUUUGUUGUUCAUAAAUUGAUGUCAAGUCUUAAAUGUGAAACAUGUAUUGAGUCUCUGAUUGCUACCGAUAAGCAACAAUUUUUAAAUUCAUUCAUCAAUCUUAAAAACCAAGGUGGUAAGAAAGGUGGUCUGAUAUAUCCCAGUGAUGAUGUCAUUACUAUAUGUAUUCUUACAGAAAAAAUUCUUCGGAAUUUUGAUUAUCAAAAUAAAGCCGUAAAUACCUUAUUAGUGCAGUCUAAAGUUCUAAGUAAUUUUUUACAUAAUACACACAUAUUUACUUCUUUAAAUAUUCAUAGAACAGAAUCCUUAAGUCCAUUAUCAGAUCAUGCCAUCCUUCUUAUAAAAUCAAUUUCAUCCACAUACACAAAAUUAAAAAUUAACCAUAGUAUCAAAAAACUAAAUGAAAAACCGUCACUCCGCAUGUGGUACAAUAAACUUACUUUAUUCCAAGGUAAAUAA